GAUUGUGGUGCUGAGCAAUGUUUCUGUGAAACGCAAAGACCAUCGUUAUUUUUUGGCCGCUGUAUAGCCGUGUGACGCCAUGAAGAAGAAGAAACAGGCGAAAACGGAGCAGGCUGUGCUGGCAGGGAAGGUGAAAGACUUGCUGCCAGAGGCUUUUGACUUCACCAAGCUCAAGGCCGAAAGCGAAGAUGAGGACGGACCACCUGAGGAGGUUCAUACGGUUUCUGGUGCGGGAGCAGAACCUGAAGCACAGGCAGCAUCGCUCAUGGCAGCCGCGAAGGACACUGAGAAGGUGAAGCGAAGAAAAGAUGCAAAAGCGAAAGCAAAGCCAAAAGCAAAGGCAAAGCAUCUCUGGGAAGAUCCAGAAAAUCAGGAGCUCUUGGGCGUGCUUCGCCAGCAGACCCAGGAGCGUCGCCAGAAACGUGCCAAGGCCGCGAGGCUUGACAAGGACGGGGUGACCCUGCAGGACAGCAUCCUGCAGGCCGAAGCUGGUCAGGAUGCCAGCCAUUUUCUGACUGAGGAGCUCUUUGGCCGAAGGAAGCGCAAACGCAGCCUUCGUGACCGGUUUGACCGCAAUGUUCUUCGAGGGAGCUCUUCCCCCAGACUUUCGGAUGGCUUCCAGGACAUCUAGACGUUUGGAUGCUUUGAGACUCUCAGGUGCUCAUCCACUACAUCUGGAUUUGAAGGGACAGAAGCAGACAGCUGGAUGAGGCUGAUGGGAAGGGAACCAACCACACCGGCAUGGCUGAGCUGCAACCUGUGAGCGUUGGCUGGCGCAGGAAGGUCGCAACAUGUUGUGGAU